GUACCGCGCAGACAGGGAGGCGGACGCGGCGGCGACAAACGAGGAGGAAACUGAACUCGCGGCACGGCACGGCACGCUACAGCAGGCCUGAAGAAGUCGGUGUCCCGCUGUUUACCUGAACGUUAGCUAGCUCUGCACGCUCUCUCUCUGUCUCUGUCUCGGAUAUAACCGACACACACACACACCCGGAGAACAGCGGAGAGGGGGAACACUAUGGCGACGUUGGGACCGGAGUCGGUUCGCCCUGCUCUUUCCCAGCUCAGUUCCUCCCAGUCGCAGACUCACAUCGGCGGCGCUAACCUGCCUCCCAACCGGGGGUUGGAGCGGGCGCUGGAGGAGGCGGCGGCCAGCGGCGCACUCAACCUCAGCUCCCGCAAACUGAAGGAGUUUCCCCGGACAGCCGCCAACCACGACCUGGCGGACACGGUGGAAGCAG